UGUUUUACUCUGUUGGUUUCCCCCCGGUGAAGCCGUUGUUGCCACCCCGGCUUGUUUUGGUCUCUCAUUCUAGACCCCCGGUACGCGGCUUCUGGGGAAAGAUGGCAGCGAAAAAGUCGGGGUCCCGGUUAGAGACCGAGAUCGAGCGCUGCCGGUCCGAGGGCCAGUGGGACAGGAUCCCGGAGCUGGUUCGGCAGCUGUCUGCCAAACUAAUAUCAAACGAUGACCUGGGGGAGCUGCUGCUGGGGGAGGCCAAGCUCCAGCAGUACCUGAAAGAGAACCCCAUCAAGCAGGGCUACAGCCCACGGGGGGCCAGGCCCCAGCUGGUGGAGGUCAGGAAGCACCUGACGGCCGCGCUGGACCGAGGGAACCUGAAGUCUGAGUACAUGCAGGAAGCCCACCUGCUGAUGGCCAAGCUGAGCUACGUGGAGGGGGACUACAGAGAGGCCACCAGCAUCUACUCCAGGGUGGGACUGGAUGAGGUGCAGCUGGUGGGGAUCCCCAUGUACCGCCUGUCGAUGAUCGCGGAAGCUUACGCCACGAAAGGUCUGUGCUUAGAGAAGGUGCCAGUGGCGUCUCCGGUGAGCAAUCGGAAUACGGAUCGGGACCAAGAGAUCAUUACUUGCUAUGAGAAAUCCGGGGAUAUUGCUCUGCUCUACCUCCAGGAAAUGGAAAAGGCUCUGAGCACAGGGCUCCACAACCGGAGCCCCAAACCAGGCCCUGUCUCCCAGGAGCAGGAGCUGGGGUACUUCCUGGAAACAGGCCUUCAAAGAGCUCAUGUCAUCCACUUCAAAAAUGGAAAUUUGACAAGAGGAGUGGGACGGUUUCGGGAAAUUCUGAGGGCUAUAGAGACGAGGACUACACAGAAUCUGCGCAUGACGAUCGCCCGGCAGCUGGCCGAGAUCCUGCUGCGUGGCAUGUGUGAGCAGAGCUACUGGAGCCCUCUGGAGGACCCCCCGCACCCCUCGCCCCUGGACGACCCGCUGCGCCAAGCUUCCCGCGCCAAGGACUACGCCCUGAGCAGGAGGCCCAGGGUGUACUCGGGAGAGAGCAUAUUCUGUCCUCAGGAAAACACAGAAGAAGCCCUGCUUCUACUUCUAAUUAGUGAGUCAAUGGCCAAUAGGGACGCUGUUCUGAGCCGAAUCCCAGAACACAACAAUGACCGCAUUAUAAGCUUGCAAAGUGCGUCUGUAGUGUACGACCUGCUGACAAUAGCACUUGGAAGAAGAGGGCAAUACGAGAUGCUAUCCGAGUGUCUGGAACGAGCAAUGAAGUUUGCAUUUGAAGAGUUUCACCUUUGGUACCAGUUUGCUUUAUCACUGAUGGCUGCAGGAAAAUCGGCCCGUGCGGUCCGAGUGCUGAAGGAGUGCAUUCGCCUGAAGCCAGAUGACCCCACCAUCCCCCUGCUGGCGGUGAAGCUGUGCAUAGGAACCCUGCACUGGCUGGAAGAAGGUGAGAGAUUUGCCAAAAUGGUCGUCGAUAUGGGAGAAAAGGCGUCAGAAUUUAGGGCCAAAGGUUACCUGGCUAUCGGCCUGGUGUACAGCCUGAAGGCCAGCGAUGCAUCGUUGAGGGGAAUGCAAGAGGAAUAUCAGAAGAAGGCUCUUGGCGCUUUUCAGAGGGCCCAGAGUUUGUCCCCAACAGACCACAUUGCUGUAUUUUACCUGGCCUUGCAACUUGCUGUCUCGCGGCAGAUCCCCGAGGCGCUGGGCUACGUGCGACAGGCCCUGCAGCUGCAGGGGGACGACGCCCACUCUCUGCACCUGCUGGCCCUCCUGCUGUCCGCGCAGAAGCACUACCACGACGCCCUCAACAUCAUCGAGAUGGCCCUCAGCGAGUACCCCGAGAACUUCAUACUGCUGUUCACCAAGGUGAAACUGGAAACCGUCUGCAGGGGGCCGGAUGAGGCCCUCCUGACCUGUAAGCACAUGCUCCAGAUCUGGAAGUCCUGCUACAACCUCACGAACCCCAGUGACUCAGGCCGGGGGAGCAGUCUGUUGGACAGAGCCAUUGCAGACAGGAGGCAGCUCAACACUAUGACGCUGCCCGAUUUCAGUGACCCAGAAACAGCUUCAGACUCGUCCUCUGUCUCUGGAUCAGAACCUUCCCUCCACUUCUUUGUAUCUUCUCACCACUGUCCCCCCUCCAAGCCGGAGCCCCCCCCGAAGCCCGGCGGCCAUGCUUUCUGCGACCACGCCCUGGGGCGCCGGCUGUCCUCGGCCUGCAACCCUCCAGAUGCUUACUUUCAUGGUUUUUACUCCAUUUUUUCAGUUUGCUCUGUCCACGCUACUUCGGUCGCCGCCUCCCGCGUGGAGCAGGCCCUGUCGGAGGUGGCCUCCUCUCUGCAGAGCAGCGCUCCCAAGCAGGGGCCCCUGCACCCCUGGAUGACUCUGGCUCAGAUCUGGCUCCACGCAGCGGAAGUCUACAUUGGCAUGGGAAAGCCUACCGAGGCGACCGCCUGCACCCAGGAAGCAGCCAGCCUCUUCCCCAUGUCCCACAACGUGCUGUUCAUGAAGGGCCAGGUGGCCGAGCUGCGGGGCAACAUGGACGAAGCCAAGCGCUGGUAUGAGGAGGCCCUCUCCAUCAGCCCCACUCACGUCAAGACCAUGCAGAGGCUGGGCCUGAUCCUGCACCAGCUGGGGCGCUACAGCCUGGCGGAGAAGGUCCUGCGGGACGCGGUGCAGGUCAACUCCACGGCCCACGACGUGUGGAACAGCCUGGGGGAGGUCCUGCAGGCGCAGGGCAACGAUGACGCCGCCACCGAGUGCUUCCUCACCGCCUUGGAGAUGGAGGCCAGCAGCCCCAUCCUGCCCUUCACCAUCAUCCCCCGCACCCUGUGAGCCCAUUUUCAGCACUCGGACAGAUCACCCGCACCCUGUGAGCCCAUUUUCAGCACUCGGACAGAUCACUUGCCUUAUGUAAUUACAUCUGUUCACAUCUGGAUAUGGGGCUUCAAACUGCAGUAGCUGGCUUGAGAACUCCUUUGGCACGUACAUAUGUAGAACAGGACUGCCCUGUGCAAUGGGAGUGUAUAUUAAAAUGUAAGUACAAGCUGUUGCAACAAAAAAACAAGUUGAACACUGGUGUUGGUAGUUGUUUGACUUUGUCAUCCGACGUGAUAAGGUGCCAUCCGUUCUGUUAUUUUAUCUAAAUGCGCUGUGUAGCUGUCCUGGUCAUUUUCUUUUCACACCACAGAAAAUGCUAACCUUCCAUGCUUAUGAUGUCUGUAACUAAUAGUACUGAAAGAGAGGUCAUCUGCAACACCUCUUGUCAAGACUUUAUUUCACUGCUGAGUAAAUCUGAUUAUCAAAUGGCUCGAAGAUUAGUAGCAGUUCCAUGCCAUAUGCGGAUUCUCUUCUGCCAAACACAAGGUGGGAAGAAAAUGCCAGCUGUCUGCUGGCCCUCCUCUUCCCAGGAGAAAAUAAAUCUAAACAAUAUUUUGGAGAGGUAGGCAGGGAUGAGAGCCCAGAUUCCAUUGUUGAACUACAGCUCAAGGGCUGUUGUAAUUUUUUCACAUUCGCGUUUUAUUUUGUCAUGUCUUAGGCUUUGUUAGGGAAGAAAUUAGUCACCGGGGAAGUCAGAGUUAUGCAGGCAGUAGUUGUCUUUGUGCUGAAAUUAUGUUAGCAGCACGGCAGAAACCAGAAACAUCAGGUUGGUAAGGGCUCUCAGCACGUACCGGCUUUCACUGCAUUAACAACAUUGACAACGGGGGACCUGAAAACAAGGCAGAAGCGAUAUAUAGUAGAGCCCAGAUCUAAGUGGUUAUUUGUAAAACUGCUCAUGACUUCAUUAUAAGGCAUCGUUAUUUUUCUUGCUUUAGUUAAGCAGGAAUAGUAGGGGGCAGAAACGUUUCUGUAUCUGGCAGAGGACCGGAGUAAAGGGUAAAAGCCAGGGUAAAGAAAUUUUACUAGUUUAUCUCCGCUGUUCUUUGAAAAGACAAAAGCACAUCUCAAGGAAUGUUAAUCCACCUUUCUAUGUCCCCGUUUACAGAGAAUCAUGCAAGACUGGAGUCUGUCUCUUACAGAAUUCUGUUAUUGGAAUUAUUGAGGUUUCCUGGCUUUAAAGCAACACAUUUCGUAUAUUCAAACUCACCUGGUUUCACUCACAAUAAUUUUUAUCUUCUCUGUUAGUUCAUUUUAAUAGAAAUGAAUGUGAGUGGUGAGAGUUCUGUUUUGCAGCAGCAGCCCCUGAGAUAGGAGUGUUGUGUUGGUUUUUCUGUGGUUGGGUAUAUGUUUUUUUGCUACUGUAUUCUUCAUCAUUCUGAACUGCAGUUUUGGAUUCAAUUCAGCAGCUAAUAUUCUUGUAUUUAAUUCUGAGAAGGAGUACUGCGCGGAGUAAAACAUGACAUAUACAUUUUAAUCACGCUUUGCUUUAAUUUGUUAAGUGUAUUUUUAUUGGUGGAUCUUAGAAAUUACAGCUGAAAUUUGGUGAUGUUUAUGUUCAUAAUAUUUAUUUAAUUUGCAUUGCCAAUAUUGUUUACUUUUUGAAAUGUUAGUCAAGGUGAAGUCAAGUUUUAUGAUUUAAAAAAAAGAGUACUGGCAAUCUCUGCAAUUUUAAAGAACAAUCAUCCAAACUAGGUCAGUAGCACUCACAAGUAAAGGCCAAAAAUAGUUGAGUUUUACAGCAAUGUGUACACCUGUAUGUGAUUAUUGUGUUGAAGCAAAGAAUGUGGUUUUCAUCACCUUUUCAUCAUAGUUAUUUUAGGCUAUUGACAAAUUCGUUAUUAGAAUUGUGUUAUUAAGUAAAUAAUAUUUUACAGUGAGUUGUUACAGAAAUGUUAAAAACUGCAAUAUGUAUAUUUUGUUGUUUUGUAGCUGUUCAUACUUGAAGAAAAUGUUUAAGGUUGAGACAGCUUGAGAGAGGCGUUAUUUAAGAGAGAAAUAUUUAUAAACUGGAAAAAUAAUGGUCGCAUUAAAAAGUUAUCAAUCGAAAGCACAGUAGCUUCCUUUCCCGUGUUUUACUGGUUCCAUUUGUAUGCCAAAGCAUCCAUUAUAUUUAAUGUAUUCACCCAACAGAGAAGAAAAAUACAUCUAUCUAAAGCUGAUUUAGCUCAGAUCUGAUUCAACUGACGAAUGUAAUAUGAUGUCAAGUAAAAGAAUAUUGGAAUAAA